AGCAAAAAGGAUGUCUGUAGUUCAGUAACAAAUGGAGCAAGGGCAUUCUUUCAUCUUAAAGCGGAUGGUGAUGAUGCAGAGCAAGUUAAGAAUGCGAAGCAGGAUGCAUCCUCCUGGAGCCUUGUAAAGCAUCGCUCAGAGUGGCAGCAGAAAUCUCGGGCAUGGUUUACGAAAAAUGGGGGUUCAGCCGUCUUAGCAUGUUUAAUUCUUAUUCCUAUGGGGAGCAGAAUUACUGAGAAAGAACCAAGGGUGCUUCCAGCUCCCAAGCAGAGACCACCAGAACGGGAGAGAGGAAGAGAGUUAACUCAAGUCUGGAAGCAUGCUCCUCCGACUCCUUCUGCAGGGAGCUUUGAUCUUCGGAGCUGUCAGUUCCACCCCAACUGCAAGGAAGCUCUUUGGGGAGAUCAGGUCCCCCAAUUACCCCAAGCCGUACCCAAACAACAAUGACAGUACCUGGGACAUUUCUGUGCCAAAGGGCUUCAGAGUGAAGCUGAAUUUCUGGCAGUUCGAUCUGGAGCCAUCCGAGGACUGCACUUACGAUUACGUCAAGAUCACGGCCAACAAGAAAGACUUAGGCCGGUACUGCGGCCAGCAAGACUCAACCACCGGCAACCACCCUGGAGGCAAAGAGAUUUUGUCGGCCGGGAACCGAAUGCGGCUACUGUUCCACUCUGACUUCUCCAAUGAAGAAAAUGGCACCAAUGUCUUCUACAAGGGCUUCCAGGCUUAUUAUCAAGCAGUGGACUUGGAUGAGUGCGCCCUUGAAAACGACGUUGAAGAUGGCGCACCUCGGUGCCAGCACUUCUGCCACAACUACAUAGGGGGCUACUUCUGCUCUUGUCAGCCCGGCUACCGUCUCCAGAGUGACCAACAUUCCUGUAAAGUGAAUUGCAGCAACGAACUGUUCACGGAGCAAUCCGGGUACUUGUCAAGCCCUGGUUAUCCUCAGCCCUACCCAGCUGAUUUGCGCUGUAACUACAGCAUACGAGUGGAGGCGGGCCUGCUCAUCACACUCAAAUUCCUGGAGCCUUUCGAAAUUGAUGAUCACCAGCAAGUCCACUGUCCUUAUGACCAGCUCAAGAUCCAAGUUGGUGGCGAAGAGGUUGGUGAGUUCUGUGGCACAAUGUCUCCAGGAAGUAUCGAAACCAAUGGCUCUUCGGUGGAUGUACUUUUCCACACGGAUGAUUCAGGAUACAGCCGUGGGUGGAAGAUCCGGUACAGCACAGAAAGAGUCCCUUGCCCGCAGCCUGUUCCAAAUGAUGAGUUCACCAUCAUUCGAGACCUACAGCCGUCGUAUCAAUACCAGGACUACUUCAUUGCCAGCUGCAGGACUGGAUACCGGCUGAUGGAGGGCGACAAAGCACUGAAAUCCUUCACCGCUGUCUGCCAAAAGGAUGGGACAUGGCACCGCCCUAUGCCCCGAUGUGAAAUUGUGAACUGCGGCGAACCGAAAAGCCUGACCAAUGGGGACUUCAGCUAUGAGUCCCAGCCGAACAAUAACGAAUACCUGUCAGUUGUUAAGUACAGCUGCAAAGAACGCUAUUACCGCCUUUUCAAUAAGGGAGGAGAUAUAUAUACCUGCUCUGCUAAGGGGUCUUGGAUAGACCAAGAUGACCAUGAGGACAUCCCCGUGUGCUUGCCAGUCUGUGGAAGGCCAGACAACCCCAUUGUAAAAAUCCAACGGGUUAUUGACGGCCAAGAGGCGCCACCAGGCAGCUUCCCAUGGCAAGCGAAAACAUUCGUCACUGGCCGUGGAGGCGGCGCAUUGCUGGGUGACCGCUGGAUCUUGACCGCCGCACACACUUUAUACCCCAAGAGGAGCAGUGCAUCUCGGAUGGCUCAGAGCCCUGAGCACUCCGAGGUGAUUGAGAAGACUCAAGUCUUCCUGGGCCACACGGACGUGGAGGAGCUCAUAAAGCUGGGCAAUCGCCCCGUCCGCAAAGUUUACAUCCACCCAGCGUACAACCAGGACCUUGAUGAGAACUUUGACGGGGACAUUGCCCUUCUGGAGCUGGAGGACCCAGUGACACUUGGCCCCAACGUGCUGCCAAUCUGUCUCCCGGAUCCAGGGAACAGCACCUUCUACGCUCAAGGAUGGAUGGGUUAUGCCAGUGGCUUCGGAGUAGAGAGGAACAUCCUUGCUCACAAGCUAAAAUAUGUACCGAUUCCAGUAGCAAGACGUUUAUCCUGUCAGCAGUGGCUGAAAGGGAAGAAGAUUGGUGACCAGGACCCAGUCUUCACUGAGAACAUGUUUUGUGCAGGUUCCCUUCACGAAGCAAAAGAUACCUGUGAGGGCGACAGUGGAGGGGCCUUUGCUGUGCGCGACCCGGAGACUGGGCGCUGGGUGGUCUCUGGGAUUGUUUCUUGGGGCAUCGAUUGCGGCAAAGGCUAUGGCUUUUACACCAAAGUUAUGAACUACCUGGACUGGAUCAAGGGCAUAGUGGGGAAGGAUUGGGUCUCAAUGCAAGGGUCAGAUUAACAUAUGGGAAUAUAAGCAUCCGUUGUGAUUCAAUCAACGGAAGCUCCCGCCAUUUUGGAAAGAAAUGUCACCUCCAAUGUAUUGUUUCAUAGCUCCUUCCCAGGAAUGAAUAAGUAGGACCUUAACUCAUGGUUUAGCAAAUACUCUUCAUUAAUCAAUCUAAGGUUGAGCUGGUUGAUAUAACAAUCAAAGAAAUGAGAGCUUGUUUGAAACUGUGUUGAUGUAAUAAUUGCUAAAAUAUUUCUGUACUACUUGCUUUAGUAAUGGACAGAUAAAAACAACGUAUUGUAUUCCUGCAUCACUAUCCCCAAAGGAGCACAGCAUGGCUUUGAUUACAUCCUUGUGCUAGGAAGAAUGCUAGUUUCUUGUGGUUAAUAAGGCAGCUGCAUAAGUUGUCAGUGGAUCCAAAUAUGUCAGGCAGGGAUGGCUGUCACAAGGGAUAGUCAGGGACACUAAAUUCAGGAUCAAUUCCAUUCUCCAAAGGAUGGUCGAGGAGCCUGAAUCUGACAUCCUCUCCUCCUCCAUUUUAUAAUAUGUUUUAUUGAAUUUCCACAAAUUUCACAUAAAUUUCCCAUACAUAAUAAUUUUUCUUCUGUUUUAUUGACUUCCCAUCCCAUUUUCCCAUGCGGUUUUUUAUACUUAUUGCCACAACUUAUCUUUGCUCUUCUAUACUACAUAUAGCCAUAAUACAAUAGUCUCUAAUUAUUUCUGGUGUUCAUAGUUCAAAUCCUGCUCACAAAUCCUUCACAUUAUAAUAUUUCUUUAAAUACCAUAGUCCAAAAAGGGCUUCCUUUCUUCCAUCCUCCUCCAUUUCUUAAAGGUAACGGUAAAUGUAAAGGUACCCCUGAUCUUAAGGUCCAGUUGCGGACGACUCUGGGGUUGUGGCGCUCAUCUCGCUCUAUAGGCCGAGGGAGCUGGCGUUUGUCCACAGACAGCUUCCGGGUCAUGUGGUCAGCAUGACUAGCCGCUUCUGGCAAACCGGAGCAGCGCAUGGAAACACCGUUUACCUUCCCGCCGGAACGGUACCUAUUUAUCUACUUGCACUUUAACAUGCUUUUGAACUGCUAGGUGGGCAGGAGCUGGGACCGAGCAACAGGAGCUCACCCCCAUAGCUGCCAAGUUUUCCCUUUUCUCGCAAGGAAGCCUAUUCAGCAUAAGGGAAUUUCCCUUAAAAAAAGGGAUAACUUGGCAGCUAUGCUCACCCCGUCGUGGGGAUUUGAACCGCCAACCUUCUGAUCGGCAAGCCCUAGGCUCUGUUGUUUAGACCACAGCGCCACCCGCGUCCCCGUCCUCCAUUUCUUAGGCUCAUCUAAAAUAAAGUCAUUGCCGCCACCUAGCAGUGAGUUUUACACUAAUGUUGGCAAUGGAUGAGGAACAACAAAAAAAGCCUGGUGUGCUUAUUCUGCCUUUAACAGGAGAAUGGCCCACAAAAAUUAGCAGCUGAUACUUUUCACAGUUUGGAGGAAAUCAUUCCCUGUUAAUGUCUGCAAGCUACUGUUAAAGGCACAGCUACAGUUGCUAGUUCAAAUGUUGCCAACCCUACUUCACUUUUGGGGAUUCCUGGGCUAUGGCAUUCAAACACCAAAUAGAGGUUUAAGUGUAGAACAUCUCUAACCACUUUUGAGCUCAAUCCCACCACCCGAUACAAAUAAAACAUUUCUCCAUGCCUCGAUUCAAACUUGUUAGGACUACUGAGAGCUAGAUAAAAUGGCUUCACAUUGUGCCCAGGCUACAACUGGGCUCUUUGUGGUUAAGGGGUAACUAAGGACUGAUUCACACAUGCAUAUUUAUCGCUUGGUGACUGCCCCAUCCAAACUUUCAUGUUUCAAUGGAGCCAUGACAGAUCUAAUAUGACACACAUAACUUUCACAUCUUAAUGCUUUUGAAGGGGGGGGGCUGAUGAUCACACAGUCGUCAAGUGUACAGUACUCAAGUGAUAAAUGUGAAUCUGUGAGUCAGGCUUUAGCCCAGUUGGUUUUCCUUUAAAAGGUUAUUAUUAGUCAUACUUCUCCAAAGAACCUACUUCACUACUAGUCAUAUUAUCUGCUGAUGUUUUUUUCCUAAUGCAACUACUCUACUCUACUGGGUAAAGCUAUAUUAGUGCAAUACUUUUAAUCCAACUCUUGAUGGUGCAAUCCAGACUUCUAGAUCAAGAACCUGUCCCACUAUGGGCUAAGAGAUUCUUGGCCACAUCUUAUGUGCACCCCAAAGAAUGCUCCUUCAUAAAUGUAAAUUUGCAUUUACCGCGUCACAAAACUAGCAUUCUACAAAUAUUAAAAUUACUGCUGCACAAAACUUUGGGUUCUAUUUUAAGACU